AUGAGCGUGUGGCUGGUUUCCGUGCCCAACGAAGGCAACAGCUCGUCCGAGACGACUUUCUUGUCGCUGAAGGCGGAGACUGCCUCCAGUCGUCAUGAUUACGCCGACUGCGUUCGCGUGGAGCUUCCAUCCGAUCUACUCGUGGGGACGCUCGACUCGCUCAUGGCACUGAGUGACGACCUGAACCGCGUAGAUAUGGUGAUUGAGAGUGUCGUGCGCAAGAUUGAGCGCCAAUUCCACGACCUAAAUAAGGGCGACCAGGCGCUUACAGUGGACGGAGUGCCAGUGGAACGUUAUUUGGGCUUCUUCUCGUGGGACGAGGCCAAGCACCCACACCGUCGACCACUGCCCGAGAUCGUCAGCAUUAUCCAGUCGUCGGUGGGCAAAAUUGAAGAGGAAUUAAAGCAAUUGAGCACACGCUACACUGAGAAGAAACAGCAACUGAUUGGUCUGCAACGCAAGAAAGGUGGCAACCUGAUGGUGGCGAAUCUGAACGACGUUUUGACUCCCGACGUCGUGUCUACGUCGGACUUUGUCAACACGGAGUAUCUGCAGACGCUGGUGGUGAUCGUGCCCAAGAAUCUGGAGGAGCAGUGGCAGAUUGAGUACGCGCAGAUCGGCGACCAGAUUGCGGAGUACGGACCCAAGGGCUCGCGUGGGAACGUGCGUGGGUCUCCCGUGGUGCCGGGAUCCUCACGCAAAUUGACGGAAGAAGGCGAUUCUGCCGUGUACACGGUGACACUGCUGAAGGGCCAGUACCAACCGGGUUUUGUGGACAAGGAAGGCAACUUUGAGCCUGGGACGACUGUGGACUACAUCGAAGACUUUAAGACGCGUGCCAAGGAAAAACGUUUCAUAGUCCGUGAAUUCAACUUCGACCCUACAAGUCACGCGUCUAAUGAAGAAGCUAUUGCGGAAUUGGAAGUGGAGGUGGAUCGACUCUGGUCGGCGCUAAUUCGUUGGUGCAAGGCGCACUUUGGAGAGCAUUCAUUGCGUGGAUGCACAUCAAGAUGA